CACUGUCUAUGAUUCUAUAAUUUUCUACUGUAUUCAUCAUGGCUAAAGAGAAUGAACCCAAAUACCUCUCUGGGCUCCCUCUGUUCGCCUGUCUCGCCUCCGUCACACUCGUUGCCUUUUUGAUGCUCCUCGACACAUCCAUUGUUGCGACAGCAAUCCCCCGCAUUACCACCGACUUCCACUCCCUCGAUGAUGUGGGCUGGUACGGUACCGGCUAUUUACUCAGCAACUGCGCUUUGCAACCCCUCACUGGAAAGAUCUACACCUACUUCAGCAAUAAGUGGACGUUUAUUACCUUCUUUACCGUGUUUGAGCUUGGCUCUGCCCUUUGCGGCGCCGCCCAGUCCUCGAAUAUGCUCAUCAUCGGGCGCGCCGUGGCUGGACUGGGUGCCUCAGGCCUGUUCAACGGCGCCUUUACCAUCCUCCACGCCAGCGUUCCAUCACACAAACAGCCCGCCCUGCUCGGUGUCCUUCUUGCUUUCUCCCAGCUUGGGAUGCUCUGUGGCCCCUUGGUCGGGGGGGCGUUAACCCAGCAUGUGUCCUGGCGGUGGUGCUUCUAUAUCAACCUCCCCUGUGCGGCCGUGGCAGUUCCUCUGCUCUUGUUCAUUGAGAUCCCCGACCACGAUCACACCAAGGCCAACAACGACAGCGUGUGGAAGCUGCUGCAGCGCCUUGAUCUGCAGGGCUUUGUCCUCUUCUCGGGCUUCUCCAUCCAGCUGCUCAUGGCUCUCAACUGGGGCGGCUCCACGUACGCCUGGUCCAGCUCCGUGAUCAUCGGCCUCUUCUGCGGCUCAGGCGUCACCCUGCUCAUCUUUGUGGUAUGGGAAUACUAUCGCGGUAGUGAGGCCAUGAUCCCUCUCUCGCUCAUCUCCCGCCGCAUCAUCUGGGCCAGCUGUCUCAACUACGGCUUCUUCUCCGGCUGCGCCUUCACCUCUACCUACUACAUGCCUAUCUACUUCCAGGCCAUCCGUGACGCCACCCCGACCAUGUCUGGCGUCGACGUCCUGCCCAGCAUCAUCAGCAACAUGCUUAUCGGCGUGCUCUGUGGUGUCCUCAUCGGCCGCGUGGGCUACUACCUCCCCUUUGGUGUGCUUAGCGGUAUCCUAACCACUGUCGGCUCUGCCCUGCUCACCACUUUAACCCCGUCCUCAACCACAGGUAUCUGGGUCGGCUAUCAGAUCAUCCAGGGUGCUGGGCGUGGGUUUGGGUUCCAGAUUCCCAUCACUGCUGUGCAGAACAACACCCCCAAGGAACAGGUCAGCGUCGCGACGGCCAUCGUCACCUUCUUCAUGAACUUCGGGGGUGCCGUCUUCCUCAGUCUCGAGGAGACCCUGUUCACCACCGAACUGCGCAAGCUGCUCGCUCAGUAUGCGCCUACAGCUGACAUGGAGGCGGUGGUCGCUGCUGGGGCAUCGGCUUUCCGUGAAGUCGUCCCUGAUGAUCUCCUUCCAGCUGUUUUGAUCGCCUAUUGCAAGGCUAUCACCCGCUGCCUUAUCUUGUCCACUGCGCUUGGCGGAGCGGCUCUCCUCUUUGCUUUUGGAAUGGGAUGGGUCAAUAUCAAACAGAAGAAGAAGGAAGCCAAGGAAGAAGAGGAGCUGGAAAGGAAAAAUGAGGAGGAAAAUGAAACCGAGAUGGGGGCAUAAUCUCGACUUCUACUGCUAUUGGCCUUUAUAUGUAUUAUACUAGACUUAUAAUUUAUGAUACCAG